AAGUAGUUCCCGAUUUUAUCUCCAAUAAAAAACACAACUCGUUAAUCAUCCCGUAACAAACAUCGAACAAAUGCUUUGAAGAUACCUACUUUUCGCAUCGCCCUACGUGGAUAUAAAUCUAGCAAUGGCCAACUAGAGAGAUAUGAAAACGUUUUCUCACUGUGAUGGCGACUUUCGUUAACAAUAAAUCACUGCCUUAAUACUCCACGGAAGUUAUCAUCACAUGUUCUAUCUUCCAACAACAGUCUACAAACUCCAGGAUGCGCUCCCACCCUUCUAAGGCACAACUCGACCGCCUUAACAGCGAUUAUACUUACUACAUCCCCGAUAUUUUACUAGAAAGAUUGCAACAACCCAGUGUGCUCGUGCCGUUACUCCUCCUUCUAUUCACUAUCUUCUACCAGUAUCUCCAUACUUCACCCUUCUCGCGACCACGGCAUCCCGGAGAACUUAUCUGGGACUUUAUAGUAGCUAUAACUCCCGCGACCGUGCUCUAUGCUCUCGACGGCUGGCUACACCCACCUAUAUUCCCGACUCCGGGGUCUAUGUCAUCGACACAGCCUCGAUCGCACGCCACUAAGAGUGAACUUCUUAGACGAAUACUUGGAAUGGAUGGACCAGGUGGCAUAAUAACAUCCGUUGCCGACGCUGGCAGAAGAAGUCUUUCUAGUCUGUCAAAUAGCACGCUUAUCAAAUAUAAGACCGACCAACCCCCCGGCCUAGGAAACUACGAUAAUUCCUGCUUCCAAAACAGCAUCCUUCAGGGACUAUCGUCGCUAAGGCCAUUCCCGUUAUAUCUUGCAAGGGGCCUCGAACAAGAUGGUUCUGAUAGCGAUGAGGAGUUAGGUUCAGCGAGUUCGUUACGAGACCUCAUUUCGAAGUUAACGGGCAAUAAUUAUAAUGGGAAGACCCUAUGGACGCCGAAGAAGCUAAAAUCUCUAGACACUUGGCAACAGCAAGACGCCCAGGAAUAUUUCUCUAAAAUACUAGAUGAGGUUGAAAAGGAGAUAAUGAAAACAGUAAAACCUAUUUCCCAUUCACCCGGGUUUGAAGCGGCUGGGAUAAGAGAUGAUACCGAGGACAGCCAGCACAGUGAUGACAGCGGAUAUCAGUCACUACCAGUCCUUUCUAAAGCCGGAUCGGACGCUAGACUUUUAAGAAAUCCACUAGAGGGCCUAGUAGCACAACGAGUAGCAUGCGUUCAGUGUGGCUAUUCCGAUGGGCUUUCCAUGACUCCAUUCAACUGUCUCACUCUCAAUCUCGGACUUGAGCAAACAGAACACGAUCUCUAUGAGCGACUGGAUUCUUACACAGAUUUAGAGACAAUCGAGGGAGUUGAGUGUGCCAAGUGUACACUACUAAGCUAUCGGAAGCUGUUAAAAAUCCUUCAGUCUCGUAGAGGAGACGACGCGACCGAGGCUGAAUUACGAAAGCUUAAUUCCCGAUUAGAAGUCGUGGAACUUGCUCUUGAGGAGGACGAUUUCCAAGAAACUACCUUGAAGGAUAAAUGCGAAAUACGAAAACGCGUCAGCUCGACUAAGACCAAGCAGGUAGCUAUAGCACGCCCACCCCAGAGCCUUGCUAUUCAUAUGAAUCGCUCGGUAUUUGACGAAAGUACGGGUCAUAUGUUCAAGAACCUCGCAGCAGUGCGAUUCCCUAAGACGCUCGACCUUGGUCCAUGGUGCUUAGGGAGUGCCAGUGGACCAGCUAGCCUCAUUCAAGGAAGGGUGGAUUCUGCAGCCAGUACUUCUGACGAUGAAGAGCAAUGGGUUACAGAUCCGAAGUUAUCGAUGGUUUCAGGUGAUAUGAGGCCUUCUAGGAUUAGUGGUCCACUUUAUGAGCUACGCGCGGUCAUAACUCAUCAAGGACGACAUGAAAAUGGCCAUUACGUUUGUUAUCGAAGGCAUCCCUGUAAGCCAUCGAAACUUGACAACGAAGAAUUCGACUCGGGUAUUGGAAGUGAUAGUACCGCAGGAGAUGAAAGUACCCUAGUCGGUGGAGACGACGGCGGGUGUACCGACUCAGAUACAGAUGCGAAAUGGUGGCGCUUAAGUGACGAGAGUGUGUGGGAGGUAUCCGAAGAGACUGUCUUGGCACAAGGUGGAGUAUUCAUGCUUUUCUAUGACUGUAUCGAUCCAAACUCUGUUCUUGUCUCUACAAUUCAACAUGACAUAGAACAGGAGGAAUCAGGCAGCGAUACAUCCAUAUCUCUCGGAGGCCAGGAUGUCGGUAAUGUUGCAAAGUCAAGCAAUCAUGGAGGGUUGGAGGAUGAAUCUCUGGAUAAUGGCGAGCAACCUUACGAUAUACCCUCGACCGAAAAGCUUUCGGGGCUAGAUCGGACGAACGAUAUUAUUAGCCCGUUAAGCGAUGACAGUCCUAAGGUUGAAACCGAUAGUACACUACCAUCAGAGACGAGGCCUCUAGGGUCGAUUCUUACGCCGCUCCUCAGGGACGGCGAAAGGGCGGAUCCCACAAUCCCCCUUUAUCGGCCUAACAGUUGAUGACGAGUGAAAAUAAUCGGGCUUAUCUUAGGCGAGUCUACUGUAAUAGCUGAAUUACAAUCGGCAAUGAAUGUAUCAUAAUAGCCUGCUUCUUUACAUAGCCACGGCGUUCUGGUGGAGUGGAUGAUGGAAGGGAUUACAGGUUUUGUAUCUAACUAUCAUGCAGCGGGUGUGUACUUAUUCAGGCGUAUGCAGCCUUUGGUAACAACCCCUAGAGGGUUGGUGUCGAGUUUUCUGUAACAUAAACAACUCGAACUCGAUCGCUCGUUCAUGCUUAUUAGCACCAAUGGGAUAUAAUGUUCCUUCUUAUGCUAUCAAAUAGUAAAGUGA